UUUUCUAGGUCCUGAUUGGUUCACAGCUUUUAAAGCACGCCACCACUUGUCAUGCCGCACUCCUGAAGCAACCUCUCUUGGAAGAGCUACUGCCUUUAAUAGGCACAACGUGGGGGAGUUCUUUGAUAACCUCUCUAAAGUGAUGGACAGGUAUAACUUCCCUCCACACAUGAUGUACAACAUGGACGAAACUGGUAUGACUACAGUGCAGACACCCAAGCAGAUUGUCACAGAGAAAGGGAAGAAACAAGUGGGUUCAGUUACAUCAGCUGAAAGAGGAGAGCUCGUCACUGUGGCCUGUGCAGUAAAUGCCACUGGAAAUGCAAUCCCACCCAUGUUUAUUUUCCCUCGUGUUCGUUUCAAAGAAUCCUUCAUGAAUGGAUCACCUGCAGGGUCUAUAGGUCAUGCUACAAAGUCUGGAUGGAUGAAUGAAGAAGUCUUCACCACCUUCCUGGAGCACUUCAUCCGACACACCAACUGCUCCAUCGAUCAUCCAGUCCUGCUCAUUCUGGACAACCAUAAAUCUCACAUCUCACUGAAGGCAGUGACAACUGCUAAAGAAAAUGGUGUCGUUAUGCUCACCCUGCCACCUCACACCGAUUGCAACCAUUGGACAAAACAGUCUAUGGACCACUGAAAACCUACUUCUUCAGAGCAACGGACGGUUGGAUGCGCACACAUCCUGGUCGAACCGUAUCGAUUUACGAGGUCGCAGAACUUGUGAAGCAAGCAUUUAUGUCUGCAAUGACCCCUACAAACAUCACAUCAGGUUUCAGAGAUACGGGCAUAUACCCAUACAACAGGGAUAUCUUCCCAGAUGAAGAUUAUGCCCCAUCAAUGGUAACAGACAGGCCAAACCCAGAAGAGCCGUCCACCAGGGCUGCUGCUGCUGACCCGCCUGGACCAUCACAUGAGGAGCCAACCCAUGCCAAAGGUCUUGAAACAGGUCCAGACCCAGGGGUGCCAUCUGCCACUCUUCCAGAACCAAAUCCUGAGCACUCAUCAAGUGAUGAAACUGGUUCUGGUGUCCAUGGGAAUUAUGUGUCCCCAAAAGUCAUACUUCCCUUGCCAAAAGCCACAGCAAGAAGGCCCAGAAUGAUGAGAAAGAAAGUAAAAACAAGAAUCUUGACCGACACACCUGAGAAGAUGGAGCUGGAGAAAGCACACAAAGAAAAACAAGAUAAAAAGGCUAAAAAGGAAAAGAAAAAGAAUAAAAGGCAGAAGAAAUGGGUAAGAAGUCUGUGGAUGGAAAGCCCAUCUUUACAUUUAAAGAAAAUGAUGAAGGAGUCAUCUCUAGAGGUGAUGUGCUCAAGAAACUACCCACACCCCAAUAACUUGGUGGUAUAUCCAGAAGAGAGCAGAUGUUUAUAUUCCCCUGCAGCAUUGACAAGUGGGAUGUUAAGUAGUAGGCCAGAUCCAGACCACCUUGACCUACAUACCCACAGGGGAUAAUCUGGAGAAGUGAGGAGAUGGGCAUGCCUCAUCAGUGUUUGACUUACCUGCCAUUUGUUUAAUUUAGCUAACACUGAUUUCAGUUAUGUUAUUAGAGAAGUUUUGUUCAGUUUUUAAGUAGCACAAUAGGAUGUUUAGAAAUUAGCCUAGUCACUUUAUUCUUAUAUGUUACAUAAUUGACAGAUAGCGUUCUAUGUAUGUCAACAGGCAUCUAUUGCCAAAGCCUUUUUGCCUGAAAUGAUUCACAAAUAUCAUAUUGUGUAUUUAAGUUUUUUGUGUUUUCCCCAAAACUACAAAAUAUGACUUAUUCCAACAGUUUAAUAUGGUGACAAUAUCUAAAUAAACCUUAAAUAAGUAAUGUUGUAUUGAAUUUGUCUUGCUUUCAUAUAGCAUUACAGUUCAUAAUAUUAAAAUGUUCCGUUUUACUUCAGAAAUCACUGGCACAAUUUACCCCAACAUAUUCUCCCCAAAGGCACAACUAACCCCGCACCAGGGGCAAGUUGUGCCACGAGACCACUUUUUUUCCCAAAAGCUAUAUUUCUGAAACUAUUUAUUUCAGAUCCAAAGUUAUUGUUCUCAGGGAUGCACCACAUCCUGAAAUAUAUGUCCAUUCUUAAGUUGAAGGCAUUACUGUCAUGGCCUCACAUUAAAGUCACUUUGAGUAAAAACUGGCACAACUCACCCCACUUUCCCCUAUCCAGUGUUUUCUCAGGUGAUUCUAGCACCAUGUAGACAUACAGUCUGAAAGAUGCAACGUGCUUCAGAGCCAGAUGUUUACUAGGGCUGUAGUCAACCAAAGAAAUGCUUAGUUGACCAAAGUCCUGUCCUGCGCAACGAUCAGUCGACUAAAAAAAAAAAAAGACGCGAUGUCUUUUUUGAUUGAACAUUUAUUAAACAAUUAUAAUAGAGCAUUUAUAAAAACAACGAAAAACAUCAAUAAUACAUAAAACUAUAAUAAUAAUACAAUUCUUUGAAAAUUAGGUUAUUUUUUAAACUGCAAAGUAAACUGUCCUAGGUCUAUAGUGACCGUCACAAUCGUGCACCUGACCACACCACACGCUACAAAAAAUAUAACUGCUAAAACUGCCAAAUAAUGAAAAAUCCUAACAAAAGCUCUCGAUUAUACAGGCUGUAUAUUCUUCUUUACUUUCAAAGCUAUGGGUUAACUUUUGUCCAACCGAUCUAGGCGUUUUAAAACAAACACAAACAAACCCAAAAUAGCCUAAAAAACACUAAUAAUAAUAGGCUGUAUAGUAGGAAGGCCUAUAGAUUUAUUUUCGUUUUGUUACAUUAUAUAGGCUAUUUUCAAACGCGUCAAGUGUACAAAUAAAUUGAGUCAAAAUCUAUUGAGUCAGCAUAAUAAAGCCGUUAAGGCUACUUACAGAUCUGCAGGCCUAGUACACCUUUUUUAUGUUGUGGGCCAAAAACACUAACAUGUCCACAUUCUUGGGUAAAAGACAGCUCCUCGACUUGUUAACAAUAAAUCCUGCUUUGGAAAAUAUGCGCUCUGCAGGAGUGGAGGUUGCAGGGAUGCAGAGCAGGCGUUUGGCUGCCCGAGCAAGUCGUGGAUAUCUCUCCUCAUUAUUUUU